CAUCCGCGCUCGCGGUCUGGUCACUCUGAGCUGCCUGGACACUGCAUCGCUCCACCGGAGAGUAAAGGGAAUGGCUUGGAGAGCUGGCGUUAUCCGCUGCGUGGCAGCAGCAUUAUUUUUGACGCUGAGUUCGGUGAGUUUCUAGUUCUCGUGUGUGUGGAGGCAGGGGAAUGCAAAGUGCUCUAGCAAUGCAAGUAAUGUCGACAGUGGAGGGUAACUACACGCUAGAGAUUCUGAUGCUGAGCUAUGAAAAUCCUUCUCACAUGGCAAAAUCACUGGAGAACUUUAGGUUUGGAUGCUGUGAGCUGGACACGGCAACUCCAUGCAAGUCUUGUGACAAUGCCUUCCGUGUGUGUGUUCGGAACAUCCCUACUAUUAAGGGUGACUGCGAUCUAAAUCAGCAGGAUAGCACGCUAAUUGCAGAAGAUGACGAUGAUCUGAUGUUCACCAUAGGAGAAAAUAUUGGAGGACUCUCCAAUCCCAUCACAGUGUCUGGGGAGAUGUGGGGAAAAGUUGAGGUGAUGUUCACUGUAUAUGACCUCGACCUGACGUCCACAAUAGAGUCCUCUUCAGAUGUAGUGGACAAUAUAGUCAUCUAUCCUAAUAUACCUGCCGUUUCUUCAGCUAACGACCCGUUCUCUGAUACAAUGCUCUUCUCUGGCAAUGCCAGCUACUCUCACCUCGAGCUAGCAUUCAGACUGACGUGCGGUCCAGACUCCUACGGCCCAGACUGUACCUUCUGUGUUCCCACCAACGACAGCACCGGACGCUACAGUUGUAACAAUGUCACAGGAGAGAAGGAGUGUCUGGACGGCUACCAGGGAGCAGAGUGUCAUGACUGUGUUCCAGCCGAGACAUGCAGUCCUGAGAGAGGCUACUGUGAAGACCCAGGGGACUGUGUAUGCUAUCCUGGGUUCUCUGGAGACGACUGCAGUGAGCUAGUGUGCAGUGGCCAGAUUUGCAACAGUAGCUCUUGCAAACGGAAACACAAAUUUCUCAGCCACACUUGUGGACAGGAGUGUGUGAACGAUACCUGUGUGUGCAAGGAGUGCCCGUGUGAAGUGGAGUGUGGGGAGAACGGAGAGUGCGUGAGGAGAGAGGAAGGUGUAACCUGUGAAUGCAGUGAAGGCUACAGAUACAAUGGAGAGCUUUGUGAAACUAUUCCCACCACUGCCACACAGUCAGAUGUGUUGGUGAUUGCGGUUGCAACAGUCGGUGGACUAGUCUUCAUUCUCAUUGUCCUCGUAGUCAUUGCAAUAUGCGUGCUUCUCUUCCGAGGACGCAAGAUAAAGAGAACUGAUGAUGGGACUACCCCCAAUCCAUACGAAACACCGUUCUUCAGAAAGUGGCGUGGGAACGGACACGCGUCGAACGGUCUCUCUGAGAGAAAGUUUGAAAACCCGCUGUACAGCGAGCGAACAAACUCCCCAGCCUCCCCUCCCCUCCCUCCUCGCCCCCCAGAGCACCCCUACGCUACACUGGAGGACAUCAACAGCCAAUAUGCCCACAUUCCAGGGGACCCAGUCGGCUCUCUGGACCAGAAACCUCCUCACCUCGAACUCCCAGAGCCAGACCCCCUCGCCGUGGCUAACCCAUAUGAUCACAUUGGUCCCCAGUCCCCUGCCACAGCAGUAGGCGGAGCCCUCUCGGAGCCGAUAUCGGCCUCCCCAAGGGUGGAGAACCCAUAUCUCAGUCCGGUCAACUCAGCUGCUGCUGCCAAACCUGACCCUCUAUCCCACAGCACUUCCGACAAUGCAAUGAACAGCUCCACUACCCUCUAUGCACACAUUCAGUAGAGCUUCAUACUCCUUAAUGCAAAUCGAAACGUUGUGUGUUUUACAUCAGUUGCAUAUUUUCAACUACUUUGAUCUUCGCCUUUGAGGUGGUCGUUGUUUUGAUAAAGCUAAUGCUGUUGUUUUUCAACUCCAAUUGCCUGUGUAUGGUGAUGUGUACUAUUGUAAAGGGUG